AUGCCUCACCCGAAGAGGUAUAUGUAUGUUGGUGCUGUGUUCCCGGCCGACUUGGUAGCCAAAGUCCACGGUACCUGUGCACGAGAUGAGCAUUCUACUUCUCCCGAAGGCCUCGGGCUCAUCACACGGCAAGUCGUAGAGGACUAUUCAUGUGAUGAGAACAGGCCGUGUAAGAACGGGGCUUGUUGCGCAAAGACCGGUUUCUGUGGCUUCGGCCCGGAAUCGUGCGGAACCAACGACCAGUCCCCGAACGACAAGUGCUGGAGUAACUGUGAUGCCCACGCCGAAUGCGGGCGUUAUGCGGAAGAAGAGGGCAAGAAGUGCCCUUUGAAUGUCUGCUGCAGCCAGCACGGCUUCUGCGGGACAACAUCAGAGUUCUGCGAAGUCACAGAGGACGAGAAGACGUCCUGUCAGAGCAACUGUGAGCAGCCCGGAUCAGGUGGCUCGGGCGGCGAUGUGCAGAAGCGCAUCAUCGGCUAUUACGAGGCAUGGAACCACAAGAAGACGUGUAUCGGCAUGCCGAUCCAGGACAUUCCUGUUGGCAGCAUCACUCAUCUGUACUAUUCAUUUGGAUACAUCCAACCUGAGACUUACGACAUUAUCACUAUGGUCGACGAGAAGGGACAAAGCCCGCCGGAGAGCACCUUCACCGAGCUGACGGAGCUCAAGAAGCAGAACUCAGCACUGAAGGUUAUCGUGGCACUAGGCGGAUGGACUUUCAAUGACAACAACACUAUCUGGCAACCUGUCUUCUCAGACAUUGUCUCCACGGAGGAGAAGAGGUCCAGAUUCAUCACCAAACUCAUGUUCUUCCUCACUAGAGCAGGCUUCGACGGUGUCGAUAUCGACUGGGAAUAUCCUGGCGCUCCUGACCGCGGCGGCCACCCAGAUGAUGGAGUCAACUUCACAAAGCUGCUCCAGGAGAUGAGAACAGCUUUCAACAAGAUGACCGACUACAAGGAAAUCUCCUUCACGGCCCCGACAAGCUACUGGUACUUGAGGUGGUUCGACAUCAAGGCCAGCGCUGAGGCGGUGGACUUCGUCAACGUCAUGGCCUAUGAUCUUCAUGGGAUCUGGGACGCCACCAACCCUAUCGGGAACCAAGUGCUGGCACAUACGAACCUAACGGAAAUAGGGCUUGCCCUCGACCUAUUCUGGCGGAACGAGGUCGACCCUGGCAAGCUAAAUCUCGGGCUCGGCUUCUAUGGUCGCUCGUUCCAGCUCGCGGACCCUUCAUGCCACCAGCCCGGGUGCCUUUUCAAAGGCGGUGCGUCGAAGGGCCCCUGUACUGAUAAUUCGGGAACGCUGAGCUACCGUGAAAUCAUGGACAUCAUCGAGCAGAACUCUUUGUCACCAUAUUAUGACACGGUGAAUGCCGUCAAGUAUAUCACUUGGGGUGCCGACCAAUGGGUAUCAUACGAUGACUUUGACACGUUCCAACAGAAGAUCGAGUUCGCCAAUGGACUCGGCCUCGGCGGUCUGUUAAUCUGGGCCAUUGACUUGGACACCCCAGAUCUGGACGCCUUAUCAGCCGUCAUAUACCCAGAACAGCUCGGCGCCAGGGCUGAACAGGCCACGGCGGCGAACAACUGGGAGGACGCAGACGGUGGCCACUGUCGGGUCACCGACUGCGGUUAUCCAGAUUGCAAUGCCGGCGAGAUCCAAGUCACCACGCAACAGUGCGAAGACAUGGACUGGUGGGACGGCUCGUACGCCAUCAGCGGGCUCUGCUGUCCCAUGUCCUCGGCACCCAAGGCCAAGGACUGUGCAUGGCGGGGAAACCCCGAGUGGUGCAACGGCCAGUGCCACAAAGGCGAGGUGGCGCUGCAGUCGUCGUUCUGGGGGGACGGCGACAAGUGCUGGGACGGCAGGAAGUUCUACUGCUGCCCUGCCGAGGCCCAGCAGCCGGACUGCAGGUGGACGGGCUGCAACGAGAGUUGCAACAACGACGAGAGCGAGUUGACGUGGAUGUACGGCAGCUGCCCCGGCGAACAGAAGUUGAAGUUCUGCUGCGACAAGGAUCAGGGCUGGAAGAACUGCAAAUGGCAUGGCAAGGCGGGCAACUGCUUCGACAACCACUGCGACACGGGCUGGCAGGUGGCGCUCACCGUGCAGGAUGAGGGUGAGGGUGACGACUGCGGCAUCCUCAAGCGCAAGCGCAGUUUCUGCUGCGAUCCAAAGGAUGGGGAGUCGCCUUUCCUCCCUGUGCCUCUGGAAUACUUGUUCCCGGAGCCGCCCAAAUCCGACAAUGUUGACACCGACUUCGAGCUCAAGGUGGACCCGACGUAUGGUGGGACCAACGACGUGCCGUUCAAUGAGGACCCCAAGAACUCGCCGUUUGGGUUCGUCGUGCUCGCCAGCCCAGAGGAGCUGCAGGUGUCGCUGGAUAAGCGCGACGGCUCGCACUGGGAGGUCUUUGAUUGUUUCGAUGGCAUCACCGAGGGCCAGCAUACGGUCCGCAUGGUCUGCACGGAUACAUCGGAGAACUCCAACUGCGGCAAGAUCCACCUCGGCCAUGGCGCUCCAGGUACCAUCGUCGAAAUGCCGCGCGGUUGUGGGCCGGGCAAAUAUGCCGUUGUCAAGGACCUCACCGUCAGCCAAAACCAGGGGCUGCCGCAUCAUCUCGUCAAGCGGGGGCUUGUUGUCAACGAAACUGCCGCGCCGGUGCACGACCUCACUUUUGAUUAUGACUUCCGACGUGUGCCCAGGGAUCUCGGGAGCACCCAGAUUCGCAUCGAUUUCAGCAACGAGCCUGAGUAUUGGAAUAAUGUUGUCAACAAGCCUGGCGGCAGUAAGAAGAAUAAGCGUAGCUUGGAGGAUGUGGGCGGGUCUCACAAGAGAUGGCUUGAGGAGGAGUGGCGGGAUGACUACCACUUUGGCGGCUUGUCACAGGAGGACUUGCACAAGAGAUGGUUUGGAGAAGACGUCAUCAGCUGGCUGAGUGGGCUCAUCAACGGAGUGAGCGGCGGCCUGGAUCUCAGCCACACAUACAGCGAGAAAAUCGUCGUCAAGCUGGUUGACGAGCACCUGACAUGCCCCAAUCUUGCCGCCAAGCUGGAGAUCAAGGCCGAGACAUCUAUCGACGUAGAUACAAACUACGGCUUUACCUUGAUCGCGACGCUGGACAACCUCAACCUCGACUUCAGCAACUCGUACCUCUACUUCCGAAACAAGGGCAAGGUCGAGGCCAAAUUCAUCGUCGACGCCGCCGUGACGGUCCGGUUCGACACACAGGACGUGAUGCUCCUGUCAGCCGACAAGUUCGGAGCUGCAUUCAGUGUGCCGGGAAUCGUCACUGUCGGGCCCAAUUUCAAAGUGCUCGGGCGUCUCGAGGCCGAGGCCACGCUGGGCGUCAAGCUUGAGAGUCAGGUGGUGCUGGCGGAGUGGGACACGAAACAAACGUACCCGGUGGCCAACAACAACUGGAACCCGGAGGCGUCCAAGAGCCCCAAGAAGGAUGGGACGCAGAGCGUGCUGGACCCAACUUUCGAGUACGGGCUGCGGCUCGAGGGCCAGGUCACGGCGCACGUCAAGCCAGUGAUAACUUUCGGCAUCGAGUUCAACAAAGACCUUAUCAGCAUCGACCCCGUCGCCGUCAACCUGGUCGCUGACGGCUGGGUGCGCUUCCACGCUGACUUCGAGACUGGCAGCAGCGGCACGUCGUUUUGCUACGGUGUUGAUGCCGGUGCAGACAUCUACGCCACCAUCGACGCGCCGUCCGCCUUCUCGUGGGCACUCCCAUCGUCACCGUUUCCCAUCAUCCCCAUCGACACGGUGCAGAUCUACCCACCCGAAGGCGGGGACAAGUGCUGGUCUCCGUCCAAGCGCGCCCUGCCUGAGCUUGAUGACGGGCAUGAUGGCGUUGGUAUCUAUACCUCUGAGAACGGGACCGGCUAUUAUGAAGCCCGGACGCCGUCACCACAGUACUUUAGCCGCCGUCGCAGCGACUUGAUUGCGGAGCGCAGCCUCGGAAGCCACAGCAAGCUGGACAAGCGUGCCCAGGUGUACGGACCGCUGGUGCCGCACCUGACGGGUCUCCGCUGCCCAGGCCAGAUCCAACUUGGAGACAUACCUCCGUGCCCCCUGUGCACUGGCGACGAAGAAGAUGCCGCCGGUCUGACCCGGCGGGAAGACGAGAAUAUCUGCGUCCUCGAGCGCGACAACGUCGAGGCGCAAUGCUCGGCCGGCAGCAGCAAGGCCAGGCGCGAUGGACAAGACGGCGACCACGUCCUUGUCAAGCGCACCACCAAAACGCUCAAGUGGCGCGACCACCUGGGGGUAUCGCACACGCUGUCGUGCGGCCCGUAUCCGAGCUGUGACGACGCCAAGGGCGACGGGCAGAUAUCCAAGUGGUGGGGAUACGAGAUUGACAAGACGCAGGCCUGCCCUGUCGAGAUAUCACGCCUGACGAGGACUUCUGUGGGCUUUGUCCAGGGUGACUAUGCCACGGACCACGUGUACGAGGCCAACUUCAUCACAGCCUUCCUCGAGUUCCUCAUCAACGGGCCCCUCCCCGCCGGCUACACGGCGGCGACCCGGCAGUGGGUAUCGGAGGUGCUGGUUGGCGUGCCCACCACUGCCAACGCGGUGCAGAUCGACAAUGCCGACUCGCUCUUCUUCGACAUGACCCGGGCGCUGGGUGGCAACGGCGGCGGCAAGUCCCGGCUGGCGCUGCUGUACGGCGACAUCAACUCCAAGAAGCGGGCAUUCAUGCAGCUCAACGACGUCGACCAGGAGGACCGCAGCAGCAACCUCGCCUCGAGACGGCUGCACCGUAACACAUACGGCGUAUUCUCGUACAUGAAGCAAGACAUAAUCUGGCAAAAGUUCGUCGACAGCUCGCAGCUGAUCGAGAACUCCCUGACCGAGUUCGACAACACCUACAACUGGGGGUCCGUCGGCGGCGAGAUCGGGCGCCCCACGAACCGCGGCGCCAACCAGCCGGCGGCGGGGCUCCGCGACCUUUACUGCUACUGGGUGGACCGGCAGCUCAACUCGAUCGAGGCCAAGGCCGACAACUGGGUCCAGGCGGCGCGGACAAAGUACGAGUCGCGGUACGGCGGCGAGCCGCGGGGUAUUGACUGGCUGGCCACCGAGUUCAACGCCAACACGGGUACGAUCCGCAGCGCGAACCUGCGGUUCCCGGCCUCGCCUGGAGGGAAGCACGGGCUCACGGGCGGGCCGUUUAACAGUGACUUUAGGGGUCUUUGGACCGGUCAGGCUGGGCCGUGGUGA